CGCCGGAACCCCCGCCCCCUUAGGGCUUGCGCAUGCGCGGGGAGGCCCCCCCACUCCUCUCUCUUUCGCUCCAUUUUUCCCUUCGAGAGCGGCCGGCUGAGAUGGCGGUGAGGGCGCUCAACCCCAAGGCCGAGGUGGCGCGGGCCCAGGCGGCCUUGGCCGUCAACAUCAGCGCGGCGCGGGGCCUGCAGGACGUGCUGAGGACCAACCUCGGCCCAAAAGGAACCAUGAAGAUGCUUGUCUCCGGCGCUGGAGAUAUCAAACUUACCAAAGAUGGCAACGUCUUGCUUCACGAGAUGCAAAUCCAGCAUCCGACGGCCUCCUUGAUAGCCAAAGUGGCAACGGCGCAGGACGACAUCACUGGCGACGGGACCACUUCCAACGUCCUCAUCAUCGGAGAGCUGCUCAAGCAGGCAGAUCUCUACAUCACAGAGGGGCUGCACCCUCGGAUCGUUACAGAAGGGUUUGAAGCUGCAAAGGAGAAAGCCCUUCAGGUCUUGGAACAAGUCAAAAUAGCCAAGGAAAUGGACAGGGAGACCCUCCUGGAUGUUGCCAGAACCUCCCUCCGCACAAAGGUCCAUGCAGAGCUUGCCGAUAUCCUCACGGAGGCCGUCGUAGACUCCAUCCUGGCCAUCAGAAAGCCGGAUGAGCCAAUAGAUCUCUUCAUGGUGGAAAUAAUGGAGAUGAAGCACAAAUCCGAAACGGACACAACGCUCAUCAGAGGGCUGGUCUUGGAUCAUGGCGCUCGCCACCCGGACAUGAAAAAGAGAGUUGAAGAUGCGUACAUUCUCACUUGCAAUGUAUCGCUAGAAUAUGAAAAAACAGAAGUGAAUUCUGGCUUUUUUUAUAAGAGUGCAGAAGAAAGAGAGAAGCUAGUUAAAGCAGAACGGAAGUUCAUUGAAGACAGAGUGAAGAAAAUUGUAGACCUGAAAAAAACGGUUGUCGGAGACACAAAUAAAGGUUUCAUUGUAAUCAAUCAAAAGGGGAUUGACCCUUUCUCCCUAGAUGCUCUUGCAAAAGAAGGGAUAGUCGCUUUGCGGAGAGCGAAACGAAGGAACAUGGAGAGGUUGACGCUUGCUUGCGGAGGCAUUGCUAUGAAUUCUGUGGACGACCUCUCCGCUGACUGCCUGGGACACGCAGGCCUCGUCUACGAAUACGUGCUGGGCGAAGAGAAGUUCACCUUCAUUGAGAAGUGCAACAACCCUCGUUCUGUGACGCUCUUGAUCAAAGGGCCAAAUAAGCAUACGCUUACUCAAAUCAAGGACGCCAUCCGAGAUGGGCUGCGUGCCGUCAAAAACGCCAUUGAAGAUGGGUGUGUGGUCCCUGGUGCUGGAGCCCUGGAGGUGGCCAUAGCUGAUGCCCUUGUGAAGCAUAAGCCCAGCGUGAAAGGAAGAGCCCAGCUGGGUGUUCAAGCUUUUGCUGACGCGUUGCUUAUCAUCCCUAAGGUACUUGCUCAGAAUUCCGGCUACGAUCCACAAGAGACUCUUGUGAAAGUUCAGGCCGAGCAGGUGGAGUCAGGGCAGCUGAUUGGCGUGGACCUCAACUCCGGGGAACCAAUGAUGGCAGCAGCAGCUGGGAUUUGGGAUAACUACAGUGUUAAAAAACAGCUGCUUCAUUCAAGCACCGUCAUUGCAAGCAAUAUUCUCCUGGUUGAUGAAAUCAUGCGUGCAGGCAUGGCCUCUCUCAAAGGCUGAGCUGAAAGCACUCUUGAGGGGGGAGUGUAUCUACCAGCUGUCUCUGAAUCCAAUUCAAGGCCCUUUUUUUCCAGCAACUUAGGUGAAUUUUCAAACCAACUGAGGAGUAGAUCUCUGCCUUUGGCCACUCACAGAUGGAAACCUUUAGCUUCUGUGGAAUCAGUUAAUAUUUAUUUUAUACAUGCACUGAAUGAAUUCAUCCGAAGUUAACUGUCUUUCUACCCAAUAAACAAGUUCUGCUCUCUG